UCCAUGUCCGGGCAGCAUGAUGAUGACCAUGAACGGCAAAGCGCACUUCAGCAGCGCGCUGGACGGCAUGCGGCGCGUGUGCCUCAACAGCCCGCAGGCCAAUAUAUUCGCGGGUUUCGAUGAGAGCGUGCUGGCGGCCGCCGACCUCGCCUCGUCGUGCCACGCGGCGUUCAAGCCGGACGCGAGCCGCCACGCCGCCGCCGCUGCCAUGGCGACGCACGCGCACACGCACGCGCACGGGGUCGGGGGCCUCGGGCCUCAUCCUCCAUCGUCGCUCGAAGCGGAGCUGCUGGAGCACCUGUCGUCGAGCCUGGUGGACGUGCACGCGCCCCUGCACGCUCACCACCACCACCACCACCACCUGCACGCGCAGCUGCCCGCGCCUCCCACGCCCUUAGCGCCUCCUCCACCGCCGGCAACCGCCGUGCACGUGGAGUCGGACCCUCGCGAGCUCGAGGCAUUCGCCGAGCGCUUCAAGCAGCGGCGCGUGAAGCUGGGUGUGACGCAGGCGGACGUGGGCGCGGCGCUGGCCAGCCUCAACAUGCCGGGCGUGGGCGCGCUCAGCCAGAGCACCAUCUGCCGCUUCGAGUCGCUCACGCUGUCGCACAACAACAUGAUCGCGCUGCGGCCCGUGCUGCAGGCCUGGCUCGACGAGGCCGAGGCCGAGCGCCGGCGAGCCAACGGCGCCAACGGGAGCGCGCCUCUAGGCGGCCUCGGGAGCGAGCGCAAGCGCAAGCGCACCUCCAUCGCGGCGCCCGAGAAGCGCUCGCUCGAGGCUUACUUCGCCAUCCAGCCGCGACCUUCCUCCGAGAAGAUCGCCGCCAUCGCCGAGAAGCUCGAGCUCAAGAAGAACGUGGUCCGCGUGUGGUUCUGCAACCAGAGGCAGAAGCAGAAGAGGAUGAAGUACUCAGCGGCGCACUGACUUAGAAAAACAUACAGGUACAAGGACAGGGAUCUAAAGCUCACCCAUCAGGAUCCACCAGAAGACCCCAGUUGCUUUUGAACUGACCUCCUUCAGAAAAUAACAGUAAACUCACUUCCAUUCAAAGACGCAUCAAGAUGUUUCUUCAGCUCUUCUUCUUCAGUUACACCCAUCGACAGGACCACCAGAAAACUCCAGUUAACGCCUUGGUUUUGAACUGACCUCCUUCAGAAAACAAUAAAACACACAUGGGGUGUAAACCAGUUUCCCAUCAUCAGCAUCCAAAAGUACUUUAACUCCUUUUUUUCAGUUACGCUUCUCUCCAUCAACACUCAAUGGAGAAAACACCAAAACAGUAAAAGCUGAAAUAUUCAGCGGCGCAUUGACACAAAACACUUAGACAAGGACAGGGACCUAACCCCAUCAGGGCUCCAUCGACUUGUCCUACUACUCCGCGAGAAAAAAAGCCACUGAAAACCUGUCGGCCGGGAUGCACACCCACUUCAUCGAGAUCCUGCAGGACUCCGCUUUUAGCUUCAACCCCAAUAAAAGCUUUAUUUGCUCCUUUACCCUGCGGAAAAAAAUCAAUACACCAAACUACAAACUAUGAAACAUUCAGAACCCCACAGCUCUUCAACAGGACUUUAAACUUUACCACUUCACUCCAUAAGAAACAGGAUCAAAGGACUUCAAAUAAGGACCUUCUUUACUCAAGGUGGUGCUUCAAGGGUUCUUUAGUAAAGACAAAAGCACACGAGCAAAGAAUCAUUUCCAUGUUUCAUGGUUCUUCAGACUGGCGGAGAACGCGUUGUAAGUGGUUCUAUAUGGACAUUUUUUAAAUGGUUCCUUAUAGCAUCAAAAAAGGGUUCUUAUGAACGCACACAUACACAACACGUUCUCCAUUAAUCUGAAGAACCAUUCAUGCACAGUAUGAUUCGCCUGAGUGUUCAUGGUUCAGUCUUUACUAAAGAACCACUGAUGAACCGUCUUUGUUCAGCGUCUUCUCUCCAUCAGAAUCCAAUGUUUUAUCCGUGUCUUCACUCACUGGAGAGAAAACAGCACAAAACAAUGGGGAAAAAAAACAUUUUAGAAUAAAAGGAAAAGCGCAGCGCUGAACAACCAACGACAGGGAUCUUCUCUUCAUCUGGGUCAACCAAAAGACUUGAUCUCUCACUGAAAUCGACAGGGAUGUAAACUACCUUCACUCCAACAGGAUCCAUACAGACUUCAUACUCUCCUCCUUCACUCCGCGUCUCUUCUGCGCACAAACUGUCCAUCAUCAUCAUCACCAUCAUCGUCGUCACCAUCAUCACCACCACCACCGUCAUCAUCAUCACCAGAAUUUCUCAAAAAGGGCGUUUUUUGUAAACAGGUGGGAGGUGAGGGUGGGCUUUAAUAAGGACUAUCUCAGUAUUAUCACGCAUCACGUUCUGUUUCUAGGUGUGUUCGUGUGUUUUGAUAUCAUCUAUAUUUAAAGACUCAUUUCUCAAUGAAAUAUUCACGUCGGUUUGUGAUAUUCGUCGCAUAUUUCUGUGGAACUCACGUCUGUCCACGGCUCACCAGCACUCACGAUUUGUUGUUGUUGUUGACGUUAUUUACUGAUGUGUUUAUUUAAUUUUGGGCAUUUGCACCAGCUGUUGAACAUGACUAUGAAAUGAAUAUGCAAAUCUGUAAAGACAGGGGUAAAGAAAUACGGACUAUGCUGCUAUAUUUAAUAGACUUUUGUUGGGCACCUGAGAGCA